AUGUUUGAUGAGAUUCUCGCACGAUUGGGCCAAAGUAUAACGAAACAGCGCAACAACUACAGACUUCCAAUUGAACCAGUGAUGAAGCUAUCAAUUGCGCUGCGGCAUCUAGUGUCUGGUUCAAAGUACCGUGAUAUGCGAUUCGGCUGGAGGGUCUGUAGAGCAGUCAUAGAUGAGUAUGCUGACGAGGUGAUGCCGUUGCCAUCAACAGCUGCCGAUUGCACGCGAAUAGCGGACGGCUUCAGGGACAGCUGGAAUAUCCCCCAUACUCUUGGUGCUAUUGAUGGCGAACAUAUUGCCUGCAAAUGUCUACCAAGAUCCGGGUCUACGUAUUUUAACUACAAGAAGUACUUAACCGUUGUCCUGCUAGCCCUGUAG